AUGAUUUACAAAAACAUAACAAAAUUGAGUAAUAAGAACAAGAAGUUUCGGAACUAUGAAUUUGUAUCUUUCAAAGUAUCAACUCAUGCAGUUCCAGUUAUGCUUUUCUUAUGCUCCAACUUCAGAAAUGUGUUAGACCCUGUCAGUUCAUGUCUUAACAUGCAAUCAUCUGUCACAAAUGUUAUGAUAAAUGUACAAGCAUAA